CUUCCCCACACAAUCCAAAACACUGAUCAAUAACAAUAAUCACAGUUGGACCGGAGAGAGAGAGAGAGAGAGAGAGGAGAGAUGAGCAGUAGCAGCAGCAGCAACCGCAGCGGCAUGACAGCUGAGGAAGGAGAUGCAGUGAGUGUGAAUGUGAUCCCACUGCCUGGGUUCAGAUUCUACCCCACUGAAGAGUUGCUGGUCAGCCACUACUUGAGGAAGAAGAUAGAGGGCACUGACUCCCAUUUCCGCCACUUCAUCCCUGAAAUCGAUGUCAGCAAGCACGAGCCCUGCGAUCUUCCAGCAUUCUACCCAGACGUUCACGAGAAGGAGUGGUUCUUCUUCAGCAGGCCCGAUUACAAGUACGUCAACAGCACUCGCUGUAACCGGGCCACAGAACAAGGCUUUUACAAGAUCACAGGCAAGGAACGUGAGAUCAAGGCUGAACAGUCCAAAGCUGUGAUUGGGAAGAAGAGGACUCUGACCUUCUACGAAGGUCGUGUGCCCAAUGCAACGAAGACCGAUUGGAUAGUACAUGAGUAUUAUCUCACUGAAACUGAGGUGGGUUCUAAACCCACCAAGCGGAUGGACUUUGUCAUCUGCCGUCUGAAGAACAACUCAGCUAGUUAUAAGAAGCCGAAGAUUGAUUCAAUCUGUGGCGAAUUAGCUGAUUCGGGAGUGACUUCUGAAGAAGAUCGAGAUGCUGUUAGUGAUGUGAUUGCGGAGCCAGUGGAACAUUUGGGAUCCAAAGAGCCAGGAGAUGUUAAUAGGUCUGAGUCUCCAGAUGGUUCUUGUCCUAUGGACUGCAAUGGCAUUUUGACCAUUGAUGAUGGUGAUGAUGGAACAGGUGGCUGGAAAUUCAAUUUCGAUGAUCCAGUUGCAUCUGAUAUGGUUCGAGAGUUGUGUGCUGAGGGAGAGAUUCCAAAUUCACCCUCUGAACCGCUGCAGCCACCGCAGACACCACAGCCACAUCAGCCACAAGAUUACUACCCCCGCACACUGCAGCCACUGCAGUCACCACAGCCACAUCAACCACAGGAUUACUGCCCCUCCACACUGCAGCAACCAUUACACACUAGGCAUGGAAUUGAUCCCUAUGUCUAUGGAGAUUGCACAAAGCGGCAAUCUUUAAGCCCGGAUGAUAUUUCUUCUCCUGAAUACAAGAAUAGUAUUUCAACCAAUGAUCCCAAUGAACAAGUCAGCAAACUCGCUAAUGGUGUUCAAGAUCGAGCUACAGAUUCAGAGGCUUUUUUUAAUCCAGAAGAGCGUAUGGGUCCGUUUGAUUACUUGUUGAUGUCACCAAUGAACACGGAUUUGGGAGAAUUUGUGCAUGCCAGUAAAUAUAUUGGAUGCAGUGAUGAGUUGCCGUCUCUAGAUGACACGGAGAUUGCAACUUUUUUCCCAUAGUCCUUGGUUUAUCAUUGUUGACCAGGAUUAGUAAGUUGGUAUCCUGGGAAGAAACAACAUACAGGAUUUUGGUGACUCUAUGAGUCACGAGCACUAGUGUAAGAUAGCAACUGUGGAGUAAGAAACGCAGCAAGAUAGGUUUAGUCGGUAUUACCCAUUCAAGAAACACAUCAACAUGGCUAGCGACCGGCAAGAUGUUAGUUAUUGAAAAACAACUUAGUAUCAGAAAAUAGCAUUAGGGGCCUUGUAAACCCCAAGAGCUCUAGCAAGAGUAAAACAUCGCCCUUAUCUACAUUUCAGGAACUUUAGGCAUUAGAAACUUCUUCUGCUAGUUUUUGGACGAUCAUGUCCAGGACAACGAUGUAGGUUAGCUAAGCCUGUUCUUGUUCCUUUUGGCCAUUUUUUAGCAUUCCCUAGCUUUAGAAACUUCAAGGCUUGUUAGGUGAGCAUGUUAGUUCAAAGAAACAGCAGCAACAGCCAGUGUUUGAGAAAACAUCUGGAAAUCUACUCUCCCCCGACGAGUCCAGAUAAAGCAAAUAUGUCUUUUCACAGAAGCAAUUGUUUGGAGACCAUGUCUCUCCUGUCAGCAGAACUACAAAUCAUCCUCAGCAUACUUGUCUUCAUCAAAAGUGUACGAACCUCAGCAAAAUCUUCUUCAAAUAACUUACUUUCUUCAUCAAAAACCGUAAGGAACUCAGCAAAAUUGUCUUCAACCAUCAUCCAUUCGCAUCCAGCCACUGGGAGUUGCUUCGAGAAGAAUCUGACUGCAAAGUUGUCUUCAAAUAAUGCACUCUCUUCAUCAAAAGUCGAACCUCAGCAAAUUGUCUUCAAAUAGUCUACUUUCUUCAUCCAAAAUCGUUAGGAACUCAGUAAAAUUGUCUUCAACCAUCAUCCACUCGCAUCUGGCCACUGGGAGUUGCUCUGAGAAGAAUCCGACUGCAGAGCUGUAUCGCAAGACAAGGUUAGGGAAGCUGCAGAGUAUUGCAUUGCUCUUCAUCUGCCCUGGAAGAAAACAAAAACCGAGUCUUGGAAGCAUACGGUUUUGAAGCAGGCAACUAUAGGGUUCUUUCACCGAAGCAUCUCCUCAAAACCAUCAAUCAAGUCCCCGAUGGGCAAUGGUAUAAUACUUCGAUACCAAGUUCUAGUUCUAGACUCGUACUGAGUCCUUCGUUCCACAGGCGAUUAUUCUGGAAAUGGCGUUCUACAGGAUCUGCUGCGACAUGGCUGCUGGAGUCUCAAAUAUAUUACAAUGACCAAACACUAAUGGUGAUGUCUUGGUUGUUGGUACUGAAAUUUGAGGUUCCAUCCCUAAUGGAGUAGUAAUUACAAUCAUUAUCAAAAUCGGAUGAGUAUGAUUGGGUUUAAUCCUAUGAUAACCUUCAGAAUUAAACACCCAUCUUAUGUAAAUAUUGCUUUAAUUAAUUUCCCUGUAUCAGCUGCUGCGUUCCUGUGCAGCAUUUCUGAUUUCCUGUAUGUUAAUGUUGUGUGUUAUAUUCUCUC